AUGGCACUGCAGCAGCCCAACCAAUCUUAUGAUGAGAUAAUUAGAAGAAGUCAAGAAACAUUGGUCCAGCUGAUAACAAACACCCAGUGCUUACUUGAGAAUUUAGUCAACCAUGAAUUUUUUUCCCAUGAAGACUCAGAAAAUGUAAUGCAGUUUCCUACAACGCAAGAAAAGGUUCGUAAGAUUAUUGAUCUGGUAGAAAGUAAGAAGGGGGAAGUUGCUGAGUUUUUCAUAUAUGUCCUUUAUAAAAUUCCGGAAGCCUACUAUGACCUGGACUCCUGGUUAACAGAAAUAGAUUUUCAGCCCUCAGAACAAAUACAGAGUUUACCUAUUACGAACAAUGACCCUGUUACUUUAUACAGCCAGAAGCUCAAACAAGUGUUGUGUAAUGAUUCCACAUUUGUACCGUCUUACUCCCAGCGUGGGGAGUUGGUGCUCCCGGAGACUUAUGUUAAUAGUGUUAUGGAACUUGUUAAUGACAAAAAUGAAACUAUGGGACGAGUAAAUGAUCUAAGUUCCUUGUUUGAUGACACUGGGGUGAUUAAUAAAGAAGGAGAAACUACAUUUAUCUAUGGGGAUGCUGGCAUGGGAAAGACACUUUUGAUCCAAAAGCUGCAAAAUAUGUGGACGGAAGAAGAAUCUUACUCUGAUAUUAAAAUUUUUUUUAGUUUUAGUUUUCGCAGAUUUGUCUUUUUUGAUGCCAGCACUCAGCUCUCUCUGAAGGACUUGCUAUUCAGAUACAACUGCCAUCCAGAUAAUGACCCAGAAGAAGUGUUUCGUUAUAUUUUGAGGUUUCCAGAAACUGUAAUGUUCACUUUUGAUGGCUUUGAUGAAAUGCAGUCCAAUUUUGAUUUAAACAACAUUCCAGAAGUUUCCUUACCUACAGACACUGCCCACCCUGCGGCCUUGUUGAUACAUCUACUGAGUGGGAAAUUGUUAAAAAGAUCAAGGAAAGUCUUAACAGCAAGAACAGGUUGUCAGGUAUCAGGGAAAUUUGUGUGGAAGAGAAUUAUGCUACGUGGUUUUGGUACAGAAAACCUGAUGGAGUAUACUAACUUAUUCUUCAGGGAUCCUAGCGUUCAGAGGCAUGUAAUAAACCAAUUAGAAGCCAACCACAAUAUCAGCAGCUUAUGUUCCAUCCCAUUGUUUUGCUGGAUAAUAUUUAAGUCUUUUGAACAUUUUCACUCCGUAAAUGAGAGUCACACUUUUUCCAGUAGUUCUGUAACACUUACAGAUAUAUUUUUACUCAUAAUUGAAGUUUAUUUGAACUCGUCUAACAGAGGAACCACCAGAAGUCAGGCUGAAACUUACAAGAAGGGUAAGGAGACCUUGCUGUUUAUAGGGAAGCUUGCCUACAGUGGAAUGGACAAUUCAGCCUUUCUUUUUGACUAUGAUACUAUCACAUCUCUAAACUUCCCAGAGCAAUAUCUCCAAUUGGGUUUCUUCAGAACUGUGAAAAAUUACGAUGGAUGUGGUGGAAAUAGCUCUUUUGAAUUUUUUCAUGUGACAAUUCAGUCAUUCUUUGCUGCCUUAUUCCUUGUGAUUGACAGUAGAACUAGCACUACAGAGCUACUGAAGUAUUUCAGUCAUUGUGCACAGUCACCACAACAGGAGCUUCAACCUAAUUUGAUGAAGUGUUUUUGUGCAAAGAAGCACAAGCAGGUCGAUCCUUUUGCAAAUAUUGAUCACUUGCAGUUCAUCAACCUCUUUCUUUGUGGGCUGCUUUCAAAGCCAAAACAAGUUCUCCUUGAACAUCUAGUGCCACCUUCAGUUUUGAAAGUUAAGAGGAAAGCUCUCAAGCAACAACUUUUCAGAAGCUUCAAGUUUCACUUAAAACACCUGCCCCGGUCACCCUUUUUGGAAUUUAACCGUGUUCAUGCAUUGACUCACUUUAUCUGGAUGGCACGAUGUGUAUGUGAGACUCAGUGUGAGAAGGUGGGGAAAAAGGUAGCCAAAGGAAUAUGUGCAGAUUACAUUAAGCUAAGCUUCUGUGGGGCUUCUUCUUCUGAUUGUGGUGCCAUCUCCUUUCUUCUGAAUCUGUACAAGAAAGAAAUUGCUUUGGAGUUGGACAAUAACAAUAUCAAUGAUUAUGGAGUGAAAGAGCUUAUACCAUGCUUCAGAAAACUCACAGUGGUUAGAUUAAGUGUGAACCAGAUCACAGAUGAAGGUGUCAAAGUCUUGGCUGAAGAGUUAACUAAGUAUAGGAUCAUCAAGUUUCUUGGCUUGUACAAAAAUUUUAUUACAGACCUUGGAGCCGAACAUGUGGCAAGAAUCAUUCGAGAGUGCCCCUUGUUGCACCACGUGAUGUUGGGAUACAAUAAGUUUACUGGUGUGGGUGGAAGACAAAUUGCAGAAGCUUUACAAACCAGCACCCACAUUUAUGAAGUGGGGAUGUGGGGAAAUUGCAUUGGUGACGAAGGGGCAAAGGCAUUUGCGGAAACAAUAAGAAAUCAUCCCUGCCUGGAAAUUCUCAGUUUGGCCUGCAAUGGGAUAACCUCAGUUGGAGGUAGAUGCAUUGCUGAUGCAUUACAAAACAACAAAUCGAUCAAAACAUUAUGGUUGACAGAAAACAACAUCACAGAUGAAGCAACCGAGAGCUUUGCUGAAAUGCUGAAAGUGAAUGAGACUCUUAAAACCCUGUGGCUAAAUAAUAACCACAUCACCAACAUGGGAGCCAACAUAAUGGCAGAAGCCCUGGAUCAUAACACUGUUUUGGAGGACCUCAGUUUACAUAAAAACCCUCUCACCCUUGAUGAAGAAGAAGAAGCUUUUCAGAAGAACUCAAGGAUUAGAACCUGAUUCCAUAAUGAAAAACCUAAAGAAUGAGAGGAACAGAGGAAACUACAAGCACUCAGUCCUGUUACACUUUGCUGGUCAUGGCAAUAUGAUAUGCAUAUAACUUAUUAUAACAUAUUAUGUCAUUAUGUUACAUUUUCAAUACUGUAGAAGCUAUUUACAAUCAAUACAUUUUAUGCUUAAACAUGAAAAACACUACAUUCUGCUUUCUAUGGAAUAUUAAAAUAACCCUACUAAAUACUUACAGCACAUGACAUGUUAUAUAGUAGAUGAUAAUUUUCUAGGAAAUCAAUGGGUUUCAUCUAUAAAUAACUGUAUUAAUGCCUACACAAUCUAUCAGAUUUUGUCUAGAAGGUUAUAGAAUAGGAGGAAGGCUCCUAUUGCAAACUUUAUAUUCAUGGCACUAAUGUUGGUUUAAAUAGCAUUUCUACUAUUAACCGCUUAGUCAGAAUGUCAGUUUAUCACUGUUAUCAUUGUUAGUCACCGUUAUUUUGUCAAUUUUGUUUUUAAAAGUUAGGCUACUUUCACAUCUGUGUUGUGCUGUCCGGUUUUGAGAUCCAGCACAGGGUCUCAAAACUGUAGCACAACACUUCAGUUUUGUCCCCAUUCAUUAUCAAUGGGGACAAAAUUGAGCAAACCGUCACGGAGUGCACCAGAAUGCAUUCCAUUCUGGUUUGUAGCGUUUCCA